AUGGGUCAGAAGCCGUCGGAGGACUUGGUACAGAUGGUCGUGGCCGGCAACUGCUCGACGUCUGCCGCGCUCUGCGUCCAGUUUCUGUCUCAGUUGGCCACCGUCGUCUUCGAUAAUGCCUUCGCUGGAGUCUCGACGGUUUUUUGUUCCCUUUUCGAUUUUCGGGACUUUCCUAUUAAGAUGAGCUCCCCUACGGCCAUGUCUCCGACCGCGAUUCAGUUUCGUCCGGCGAUCAGUCAUCCGGCGACGCCGCUAAAGUUCAGUUCUCGAGCCGCCGUCGGCAGCAACCUUCGAAGCCUCAACUCUCCAAUGUUACAUCAAGGUCCUAAUGGUGUCUUUGAAAAACUGCGCAACAUUUAAAGUUUGCUUUUGUAGCCAAACCGCUUGAGGAUUCAAAAUUAUUCGAGUCUAUCUUCCGUACAUAGUUUUCGAAAUUUAUUGUUUUAACACUUUUUUCUUAUCCCGCGGUUAAAUCGAAUUCGAUCCGAUUUGAUAGUUUUAUCUAACAUGUAAACGGCUUUUUUUUACUCGUCAAAAAAUUUUUUUCGCUGCGGGGUUUUUUCAGUUUCUUAUUGAUAAAUCAAAAAAUGAACAUAUCAAUUUGCAGGAUCUUUUGAGCCGUAUUUAGCGCCUGGAUCUUACCGCCUUUACAGCAUGAGAUUCUGUCCGUACGCCGAAAGAGUUGUUCUUUAUCUGGCCAAGAAAAACAUUCCGUGAGUCUGAAAACCGUCCGUCAAAUAGCAAAAGCCUCUUACCAGUGUGGAAGUCGUCAACGUGAAUCCAGACAAGAGUCCAUCUUGGUACUUAGCCAAAUCUCCACUGGGUCGAGUACCUUCUCUCGAAAUAAAUGGAAAGGUUAGAAUCAAAAAAAUUCAAAAAAUUAGCAAGCAUAUUCAUAAUCCUUGAUUUUUUUUUUCAAAAAAAACUUUAGAAGAAAAAUUUUUAAUUGCAGCUGCGAAUAUUAAGACCAUUUUUUUUUCAUCUUAUUGAAAACAUUUCUCAUUACCAUUAACAUAAAUUGAAAUUGAGAUUUUAAGAGGCUAACUUUUAAAUGCAUCUAGCGUCCAUGAGACUUUUGAACAGAAGAUUAUGAAUGAGCUUCUAUUCCACAAUAAGCAGAACUCUAUCGUAUCGCUGACUAUAUCGCAUCGCAUUAGCAGUUAUCUUCAGUUAAUGUUUGACUUGCACCAAAAGCAUCGGCGCAAACAAAAAUAGAGCGCAGAUGAGAAAGAAACAGAUGCUCUGAUGGAUCUCAAGGUUCUUUUCAGGUCGUGUGGGAGUCGAACGUGAUCGUAGAGUACUUGGACGAGCUGUUCCCCUCGAACUCGAUCCUGCCGCGCGAUCCUUUUGAGAAAGCGCAUCAAAAGAUCCUGGUCGAAAGGCUUUCUCCAGUGAGUCUCAGCUCGUAGACUCCAAACACCUUCUUCCGCAGCUCAUCAACGUCCUUUUCGACUUUUUCCGCUCUUCGGCUCCACACGUCCAGAGACAGACCGACGCCAACUUGCACGUUGCGCUGAGAAACGCGGAAGGUCUUCUGACAGACAGCUUCUUCGGAGGCGAGUUUUUUUUUAGAAUAGAGAAAGUGGAUCAUUUUUUCAUGCCGCCAUCAUAUAUAGUGACUUUGGCGAAGAAGAAAAGUCCGUCAAAGGGGAGUUGAAAAUAUCCUUAUUCAGAGUAAGGAUGUUUUCAAUUUCAUUUCAAUGAAUUAUAAGUAAAUCUAGGGACCGCAGGCCAAUUUCCAAAGUCAGUGAUAUAAAGUUGAAACCUAUAUGAAAAGAAAGCUGAUGGCAAUCGAGAGCUAACUGCGAAAACAUAAAAAAAAAUAUGAAAAAUGAAAAAAGUUAUAAGCAAAAAAGUGGCGAAAUCGGGGGAACCACUUUUGUGUAGAAACUUUCGUCAGGGUCGCAGGAAAAGGGGCGUGUUUAUAUGUUUAUACAAUUUUACUGUAAAUCCUCAUUUUUGCCUGAUGCAAUUAUUAUUUUUAGGCCCCAAUGACUUACAACUGUAAUUAUGUUUAUACUGCAGGAAAAAUACCAGGCUUUGCUGACUACAUGGUUUGGCCCUUUUUGGAACGGCUGGAACUGCUAACUUUGACCUCAACCAGCCAAUUCAGGUCUUCCCGACACCGUUUUAUGAAACUUCCAUUGCAAAAUUAUUUUUAUUUUUGCUGUGGCGUAGAGAAUUUGAAAAUUCCAAUUCAGGUACUUCCCGGGUUUGCAUUAUCCGAGAAUGGCAGCUUACAUCGUUCGAAUGCAAAAUCAGCCUGAGGUUCGCUCAAUUCAUGACUAUAUAAAUAAUUUACCGUUGCGUUUCUGGUAAAGUGAGGAUUUAUGCCGUGUUAAAUGUAACUUCCACGAAGGCAAAAUUAACUCUGACUCGCCAAAAUUCAGUCAUUUUCAUUUUCUGAGGGUCGUUUUGAAUUUCGUGGAAUCACUUUGAACAUGGCAUUACUUUACAUAAAUAUCAUUCCGGCCAGUAACCUUUAAAUGAAGUGUUCUCUUUUUUUUAGGUGAAAUUCGCGAUGAGGCCACUGGCUCACCACAAAGCUUACGUCGACAGUUUUUCCACCGGUCGACCUAAUUACGACUUUGGGAUUUACAACGCCGGGGGACGAUAA